AUGAAGUAUAUAAUUGAACAUAUGGAAGAAGGCUUUAGUGAAUGGGUCACUCUAGAAUAUGCCCAAAUAUUGCGUGAUGUAGGCAAUGACAAUCUACUAUUGACGUCGUUACCAGAGGGAACCAAUGACUCUGAUAUCCCUGAACUACUCAGAAAGAUGGGCUUGAAAUGGACAACAAAAAGUUUAUCUGAUAUUCCAGAAGCCGUUCCAUCAUGGGAACCACUUCAGAAUGGCAGAGUAUGCUUAUUGGAUCCCAGAGCUGAACUUGAUUUGCAGCCAGAAGAUUCAAAGCAGUUCGACUAUUUUGUCUUUGGAGGUAUAUUAGGUGACCAUCCUCCAAGAGAUCGUACCAAGGAGCUGAAUAUUGCUUAUCCUGGUUUGUUAGUCGGAAGAAGGCUCGGUGACAAACAAAUGACUACCGACACAGCAAUCAGAACCACACAGCUAAUUAUCAAAGACCAAAAAAAGUUCGAAGACAUUAAGUUCAUAGAUUAUCCUGAAUUUAGAUUCAGCAAGAAAGAAGCCACCGAGAUGCCCUUCCGUUAUGUUUUAGAUUCUCAAGGAAACCCAAUACUGCCAGAAGGUAUGCUACAAUUGAUCAAGAAGGAUUCUCAACAAAGUUUGGAUGAUCUGUUAUGA